ACCCUCCCCCCUUUGCACCUUAACUCUCUCCCUGGGAGGUUACCUCUUGUUAGGUAAAUGAGUGAGUGAGUGAAUCCUGCUAAGUCAAGCAGCAUUUGAUAAAGCACUAGAAAAUUGGCUGGUUUGGUCUUUCUGCGUGUCUGAUCUAACAUUUGGCAUUUGGUUGCUAGAUCGAAAUUGACGACGAAAUCUUGUAGUAAUAAAAGAUUAUAAAAAGUGAUGUUAUAAGUGUAAGCCAGUUGUUCUUCUUCGUAGCGCGGCGUUGGUGUGCUAGAUUCCCGUAUUGCAACAUUUUGGUUUUGGAUACCACACAUCGAUCAGGAAGAUUUUUCUCGAAUUUCUUGCUCUUCUUUUACUUGGUAGACGUUCCUAUCUACUUACGUAAUACUAGUACUUUCGCUUUUGGUGGUACUAAGAUUCAGUCCCCCCAAAAAGACAAAAAAGGUAGCCCCUAUACCCCGCGAAUAGGUAAAUCAAUCAAUCAAUCGGACUUGAAGUACUUGUCUUAGUAACCGUGUCGUGGACGUGCGGUAGUCUUCAUGGCCUCUUUUUUGGGGCUUUGAUCUAGUGCAAAGUAUUUUCCCUUUUGAUCUUACUCUACUGGCCAUCUUCUGACGGCCUCUGGGCCGCUUCGACUGAGUCAGUGGAUUUUUGUGUGCAAGAAAGUGAGUUUGUGACUGAUGAAAAUAGACCACUGAAGGAGGCUACUCGUGCUUCUGAGAGUUCACAAUUUGGAAACGUGAGCCUUCGUGCUAUUAUUUAUUUUACCGGUACGUAACAUAUUGAUACUACUUUGUAGGAUAAGACGAGGCUGCGCUGCAAAUCUUGAUUGGCUUUUGCCCGUAAAACGGCAAAGGUUUAGAUCCAGCGACGCUCAAAGCACUAAAUGAAACAACCCGUUAGUUUUUACGUCUAGAACUUAGGCUUAUCCCAUGCAGCAACAUACUGACAUUACUUUGUAGUUCUUAACAGAGAGAAUCAGGACAAAAUAUGCAUAUUUUAACAUUUCUGUGUACUGUAGUUAUUACCUCCUGUAAUUGUUCUUUUUCUCCCAUAGUUUCUCGUCAACCUCAAUUCAUAAACAUACUUUGAUAUUUGAUAUUGCAUCUAAGUCAGCACAACGUCUUUGUUCUUUUAUUCUGUUCUUCAAUUAUUCAGUUCUUCAAUUAUUCUGUUCUUUUACUAGGCACAUCAAUCAAUCAAUCAAUCAAUCUUCUGCGUCUAUCAUCUUUUUGUCUCUUGUUUGCUUCUUUCUUAUGGACCGGAAAAACUAGGCCCCCUGUAUCAGAGGGUUCCCGAUGUUUUUCCCCCUUUAAGCGGACCGGGGCCGCAAAAAUCCCGGGCCCUUAUUUUCCGGCGGCGUCCCGUACUAUUCUGGCUCGGUCCCGGGAAAUACUGGGGCCAACAUGGUCCCGGGAAAAACGGGGGCCGCGGUAUCAGAAGGGGCCCGGAAAAUAGGGGGCCUGACCUUGGCCCUUCUUGUAGGCUGCUCCCCCCACUCCACUGCCAGCGCAGCGCCCCGGUGGCCUGUGCUAUGCGCGCCCGGACCCGGUGGGGAGCCGCGCGCGCUUGGCCGCGCAGUAUCCUGGUAGGAUUGCCACCAAGCUGCGGCCGGUCCCUCAGGCCAGGCGCAUCCUGCUGCGUCUUUCGUUCCUCUAUGUUCUCCCGCUCUUGCCGCAGUACCUCGCACCCGCCAGAGGUAGCCACGCGGGCAACUGCCAGGCAGCAGGGGCCUCGCGGUGCGCUUCUUUCUUUUGCGAUCCGCCGCCCCCGCCCCCCUGUGUUGCUUUUUUUUUUCGCUCCGCGGGCCGCUUUCGUUUUGAACUUGAAGCGCGCCAGCCUUUCGCGGCGGGCUUCGAAAGCCCUCGGUUGCGCCAAAAUCCGCAUCCUACAGCACGGACGCGGAUCGAUGCGGAAUUUGGAGGGGCGCUUCAAAAUCCGCAUCCUACAGGGCGGGCGCCAGUGAAAGCGAUAAGGGUGAAGCGCUGCUGUCGCGGAGUUUCAUGAUUGAAAACCUGUCGCCCAAAUCCCGCGACCGCCCUGGCGGACGCGGGUUUUGGGCUGGUGGUUAAUUUCUGCCCCCUUUGGAAAGAAACGAGCCUUGGCUGAGCUGACGCCUUUAGUUCGACUUCUGCUGGGCGCUGGCUUCUGGUGGGCCGCCUGAUUGGGUGCUUCUCGAGGGCGUUUCGCGGGAUUUCAUGGCUACAUACAAAGUCUCCGCUUCAAAUUCCGCGGCCACCCUGGCGGGCGCGGGAUUUGGAGCGGCCUUCCAUUUUUUUCCAAAGGGGGCGGCAAUAAGUCGCUGUUUCAAAUCCCGCGGCCACCAUUGUGGCCGCGGGGUUUGAGCAGGAGACUUUGUCAUCGGGAAAUCCCGCAAGAGGCCGCAUCUUGCUUCACACGUUUCGCAGACUUCCGCUCUGCCGGAUGCGGCAUUUGGAACGGCGUUCCAAAUCCCGCAUCCGUGUCCGACUUGUAGGAUGCGGAUUUUACUCUCGUACGGGCAGGGCCCGUAGCCGGCGGCGCGGCUGCGGGCUUUGGAACGGCGUUCCAAAUCCUGCAUCCGUGUCCGACUUGUAGGAUGCGGAUUUUUCUCUCGCAAGGGCAGUGUCCGUAUCCGGCAGCGCGGACGCGGGAUUUGGAAAGGCGUUCCAAAUCCCGCACCCGCGUCUGACUUGUAGGAUGCGGAUUCUUCUCAGAUCUGGGCUUGGGGAUUGGUCGGGGCCUGAGGAUGUGGGCAGAAGUGCCACCAUCUUGCAAGACUAGCUCUCUUCAUGCGGCACCUGCGGAGGACCAUGCUUCCCCACAUGUGCUGCGUUUUCUUGUAAUGGUUUCGGUAAGUGGUAAGUUUUUCGUAUCCCGGUGAAUUGGGGCAAAGCGACACCCAGUUAAUCGAAGGUGGUGCGUAGAAUUAUAGCAGACUUGCUUCUAUUAUUUACGGACAAGGACUAGUACAACUGCUACCUAUAAUAUGUAAUAUUAAGCAGUCACAUUUCUACUCUUGUUGGACCAUUCGAACACAGACUGUUGAGUCGCGUCUAGUUUCUCGGUGAGAAACACUUGAGAGGGAUACUGUUUGCAC